UAUUAUUUCUGUGGGAAAACUCGUCCAUUCAGUGGCGUCAGACUGGAGCUCCACACAGGCUGAAAACGCACACUGACCUGUGCUGAAAUGUUUUACAGUGUGGAGCGGCUCUGCUCAUGCGUGAUUUGACUCCAGCGCCGCUCGGAACUAUUUGCACACAGACGCCUGCGGCGUGUGUCAGUGAUCGCGGAGUUGUGUGUUUGUGUUGUGCGUGUCCGUCCUUCUCAGUGACCCGCUCUCUCUCUCUGUUUGUGUCUGCCCGCCUGAUCGAUACACCAGCAAUUAGUCAGCUCCAAUUAGUUCCCAUUAAGCAGCCGCUCAGAGUGUGUUCAUCUGCUGCUGCUGUUGCUGCUUUCUCCUCCGACAGCAACUGGGAUGUGUGAGUAGAAAGCCCGCCAGGCUCACCCGCAGCACCCAGAGGUGUCUCCAAACAUGGACAGAAUAGGGGUGUCGUUCCUGGACCCUUUGGAUGACUACGAGUUAAUUCACCGGAUUGGGUGCGGCACCUACGGAGAUGUGUUCAAGGCUCGGAACAUCAGGACGUCUGAACUGGCAGCCAUCAAGAUUGUCAAGCUGGACCCUGGUGACGACAUCACGUCCAUCCAGCAGGAGAUUACGAUGAUGAAGGAAUGCAAGCACAAAAACAUCGUGGCGUACUUCGGCAGCUACCACAGGAACACCAAGCUGUGGAUCUGCAUGGAGUACUGUGGUGGAGGGUCACUUCAGGAUAUUUACCAUGUGACGGGUCCAUUAAAGGAGAAACAGAUAGCAUACGUGUGCAGAGAAACCCUCCAGGGUUUGUAUCACCUACAUGAAACUGGAAAAAUGCAUAGAGACAUAAAGGGAGCCAACAUCCUCUUGACAGAGAGAGGAGAUGUGAAACUGGCUGAUUUUGGAGUGGCAGCAGAGAUCAGCGCCUCAGUGGCCAAAAGGAAGUCUUUCAUUGGAACACCCUACUGGAUGGCUCCAGAGGUGGCUGCAGUGGAAAAGAAGGGAGGGUACAACCACCUGUGUGACAUCUGGGCUGUCGGCAUCACCGCCAUUGAGCUUGCUGAACUCCAACCGCCCAUGUUUGACCUUCACCCAAUGCGAGCACUGAUGUUGAUGUCCAAGAGCAACUUCCAGCCUCCAAGACUAAAGGAGAAAUCCAAGUGGUCUGCAGGUUUCCACAGCUUUGUGAAGAUGGCUCUCAUCAGAAAUCCUCGUAAAAGGCCCUCAGCAGAGACACUGCUGCAGCAUCCAUUUGUGACACAGCUGCUAACCCGUAACCUGAUCAUUGAGCUCCUGGACAUGGCCAACAACCCUGAGCUCCACUCUGCCCACACACACAGCAUGGAUGACAAUGAUCUGGAGGUUGGGGAAAUGGCUCCUGACAAGAUUCAGUCAGCAGGGAAACACCUGCCUGUAGAGAGGACGCUGUCUGAAGAGCAAUUUGACCAAGUGAAGUUUGGACCCCCACUGAGAAAAGUCACAGAACCUUAUCCUGAUUUGCAAGGCUCUUAUGAUGAUGACUGGAGUCUGUCUGGAGAUGAAGACAGCUCACCGAGCCUGUUGGAAUGUGUGGAGCAAGCUCUGCAGCUGAGGAGUUUAACCAUUAAGAGGGCGCCAUCUACUGAUGGAGGCAAGAAAAGUGGCCUGUUCAGUCCCUCUACAGCCUCCCUGCCAGCCUUCAGCUCUUUAGCUCCCAGUACAGAGGACAGAGACCUGACGCUGAGACCGAGCUGCACACUGGGCCCUGACACCGCCACCACCGCUGACUCCACCUCCACCACAGUCUUGUCCAGGUGCUCAGCCACACAGGAUGUCAGACAGCGCUGCAGUGACUCGUGUCUGCCUGUGGGGGAUGCUGUAACAGCAGAAAAGAGGAGGACCACCACAGUAUCCUCUCCAAAGAGAGAGACACCACUGUCACCUGAAUGGAGCACACUAAGGAAAAAGACUGAGGACUCUAGGGCUGAUUGUCAUGGACUUCCUCCUACCCCUCAAGUCCAUAUGGGCGCCUGCUUUUCUAAAGUCUUCAAUGGUUGUCCUCUUAAAAUCCACUGUGCUGUCACCUGGAUUUUACCCAAGACCAGAGAUCAGUACCUUAUUCUUGGUGCAGAAGAGGGCAUCUACACACUGAACCUUAAUGAACUUCAUGAAGAUACACUAGAGAAGCUACUCCCUCAGCGAUGUACAUGGCUGUAUGUUAUGAACAAUGUGCUGAUGUCCGUAUCAGGGAAGUCGUCCCAGCUUUAUUCCCACAGUCUGACAGCUCUCUUCGAACAGAAAGGACAUCUGCAGAAGAAACACAGCAGUUUGUCACUCGGCACAAACCGUUUCACUGAGAGGAUCAGCACCAGAAAGUUUGCCAUAUCUGUGAAAAUUCCAGACACUAAAGGCUGUAGGACAUGUAGCGUAGCAAGAAACCCAUAUACAGACAGUACGUUUCUAUGUGGGGCAGUUCCAUCUGGACUUGUUCUUCUGUUGUGGUAUGAGCCUCUUCAGAAGUUCAUGCAUCUAAAGCACAUAGCGAUAAGGCUACCGGAGUCUCUGCCAGUAUUUGAGCUGCUGGUGUUGGUGACAGAUGAGUUUCCCCAGUUGUGUGUUGGGGUGAGAGACUGUAGCAACGGGAAACCCCCAACCAGCCAACAGCUCAAAUUUGAUAUUAUAGAGCUGAACGGCACCCCUAUUUCAGUACCAGAUAGUGGAGCUCUCAGGGCAGCACAAGUGACCCAGCUGGACAGAGACACUGUCCUCAUUGCAGUAGACAAAACUGUUAAGAUUGUGAACCUCCGAGGGCUUCCAUCCAAAGAACUGGCUGCUGAAAUGGUCUUCAACUUCCCCAUUGAAACACUAGUCUGUUUACAGGACAGUGUGCUAGCUUUCUGGAAGCAUGGCCUUAAAGGGAUGAGUUUUCAUUCAAAUGAGAUAACGCAAGAAAUUACAGAUGAGAGUCGAGUAUUCAGAGUUUUGGGAACAAACAGGGACAUCAUCCUUCAGAGCACACCAACUGAUGACCCCUCAGCACUGAGCAACCUAUACAUUCUGACUGGACAUGAAAGCAGCUACUGAGAGCAAAUGGGUCAUCCUCUUCAAAAAUCACACUGAAGAGAAGAUGUCUUCUAAAAUCAUGUGGUAGAAAUAACGUCUUUCCUGACUAAAGCUGUAGCAGACACCAAUGCCAACUGACCCCGCCUACUCUCUUCUGUGAAUGACAAAUGUCAGUAUGGUAUUCAGUUGCCAACUGAGACUCAGACUGUAUUUGGUUGGGCAACACAUGUAAAAGACUGAGAGACUUGUCAGCAUGCUAAGUGAGCUUAUGUAACUCUUAUGUGUUCUAAUUAAAGUUGGAAGAGGCAAGAUUUUCAUGUAAGAGCAGUUCAUCCUCCCACCCUCAGUCAAAGUGUGGCUGCUACAGAGAUGAUAGUUCCAUUCCUGUUAAUUGAGAUGCCAUAGAUCUACUGCUGUCAGUAUGGACCAUAGACUGUAGAAAAAAUGGACAUAACAUCUGUGACACCACACAUAAUCUUUUGAACUGAUGUUUUGAAGCUUUAAUUUGAGUUUACUGUUUGCUGUCAUCUGUCAGCAACUGGAACCAGAACAUUUGGUCAAACAGACCUGAGAGAAACUGAGGAGGGAUAGACUCCUUUUGACCAUGUGAAUAAACCUUAAUAUUCCCAUGAAUGCACAGUAUUUGUCAGACACAUAGUAGACAAUGUGAAAGAAUUAGAGUUUUUAAAGGGACCUCUGUGGAGUGUGAGCCUCUUAGAACAUCUAGUGACCAUUGGUGGUACUGCAGCUUAAAGCACCUGGGCUACAGCUUGACUAAUCAGCUAUAGGGUGUGCCUUUUUAUGGUAUAAUUUUCUCCGACAUCAUAAUGCUGCAUUCAUGUCAUGCUGAAGUUUUGAUCACUUUACCAUUUCACUUUUUUUUGUUUAUUUACCAGUUUCCAACUUAUAAGAACUGUUCACGUCAACAUCCAUGUCAUGAUUACAAGUGAAUAUAUCCAAGUUGGUGCUUAAUGAUACAGAAGCCAAAGUUUGUCUGUCAAGGUAGUUAAACUCACAUGUAAUGGAUAUAGUGCUAUAUUGUCAAUGCACAAUGACGUGAACGCUCCCAUGUCAUAAACACAGAUCUCUAACAUUCAUCUGAUAUGACUUAAAUGAGACAAGUGAUUUUACCAGAAGUUUCUUCCUCAACCUCAGAAAGUUAAUUUUACAAUUUUCUUGUACUUUAUAGUGCCACAUGGGAUACAAAAACCUGUAAUUAGAGUCACCACCGUUGACUUGAAAAGUGGCUAUAAAAAAGUAUAGCAGUCGUAGUAUGUGUUUAAUGUAACAUUACCAUUCAAAAUGAACAUCAGAAGUUCACAUUAGCAUAACCCCAACCUCUGUGUGUCCCACUGUUCCAACUUUGAAAAAAAAAAAAAACCUCUUGGGAAAUAAUGAGUGCUACAGUGUAGGAUUUGACCAAAUUUUAACCCCACUUCAUGGUUUCACUUAGAUUUCAGCACACACUGUAAUUUUACAGAGGACCUCCUUCAUUAUUCUCGCAUAAAUCCUGAAACUAAAAAUGUAUCAAUUACAGUUAGUAUGAGGCUUUAACUUGGAUACCCUAUGCUGUAAGCUAUGGUGUUCAAAUUUUACCUCCCUGGUCAGUGGCUAGAAACACCCAGUAUCAUGUUUUGGAUUUGUAGAAAGAACAAUGAAAGAAACCCUCAACAAGAAAACACAUUAUCUGGUUGAAGCUAGCUUGAAAACGCAACAGAAUGUUAUGUAGAAUGUGUGUGUGCGUGUGUGUGUGUGUGUGUGUGUGUGUGUGUGUGUAACCAAAUUAACUUUUCAAAUGUAUAUAUUUUAGACCUUAUAUUUGAAAAUCACAUUUAAAUGUAUUUUGACAUUUGUGAAUGUGCUAGCUUAGCAGCAUUUACAUUAUGUGCCAUCAUAUUUAGAAAGCCUCAAGUUGCUGAAUUUAAAGUAUAAUUUCAUUGCAGUCAGUUACCCAUGGGUGUUGAACACAGCUUAAACCUGUGUCUCUCUGUCACUCCUCCAGCAUCAUUAAUAACACACAGACUAAAUGUACAUUUUAUUACAUGAGGUGCCAUAGAAACUGAAUGCAAACAAUUAUAUGUCUGCUUGUUUUACAAAAAUGUAAAUUCCACUACAUUAGUUUAGUGUGCAAUUUUUUAUGUUAUUUAUGGAAAGGAAACUGUGUAACACUGACCUUUCCCUGAGAAAUACUUGAAAGGCAUAAUAUGCAUAUGGGUAUUUGUUUUUUAAGAUGUUUUUAUCGUUACUGUAUAUAAAAUGUAUGUAUACAGCAAUACAGUAUGCUCUUACAGUAUGGAUGGAUUGUAAUAUGCAAAAUAAAGAUUUUAAUAUCCUUUAAAGCUAAAGCAGAUUUAGAUACAGGCUUCGGAAAGUA